GUGUGGAUAAUUUUCACCUGUCUCCGUUACAUUGAGAAUGACAGCCAAAGUGAGAUGGCCGUGAUUACAUGAUGGAUGGACGUGGGCAUUAGGCCCCGUGUGUUCGGCCGGCCGUUUGUUUUCUGGGUUAGGGUCGUGUAGGUGUGUUGGUUUAGUUAGGGAGACGUGGAGUACUUUCAACAUUUUAGUCGAAAUGAUAACAGUCGCUCCUCCUAAAGGAUCAGGAGGAGGACCAGGGGACUUAUCGUUUGUGUUUAUACAGGAAUCACUUGAACAAACUAAGAUUUGCUUGAGGGAUGACUGGUGUACAACAACAGUGAGGGAUACACACCAUCUGCAAGACGUGUCACAUCUACUACACAGACAAGACGAGGGGCUGUGCCAUACAUGAACUGUUUCGCAGGCUUGUGGUAAAAUGCAGUUGUUGGAGAAUGAAAAGGUUCAGUCCAAGCGGUCAACACUAUCCUGACCCGUCCAAGCCCCCAGAAAACGGGACCGAGGAAAUCAGUGCGGACAACAUCAAUGAUGGAAGUAAGAAAGUGAAAACAUCACAGUCUUUUGAAUCGCUUUUUGACAACGAGACUUUGAGUGACGUCGUUCUCAACGUUAACGAUGGCCAAUUUGUGUUCAAUGGACAUAAGAUGAUCUUGGGAAUGAAAAGUGACACAUUGGCUGCUUUACUAAAUGAAAUAAGUGGUUUGGAUUCUGAUGAAAAGCCGGUGUUGUGCCUGCACGAGUCUAUCGAGUGCAGCCUCGUGUUCAGUCGAUUUCUCUACUUUAUAUACAGUGGUGCGGUUUGGCUUCAUCGGGACUACGUGCUCCCACUUCACAAGCUGGCGGCGAAAUACUCUGUCAAGUCUCUUGUACAUCAUUGUCAAAGUUAUGUAACACAAAUAUUACACAAUAUGAUGGGAGUUUACGAAAAUAUUCGUGGAUUCCAAGUUGAGGUGGUCUGUGAUUUAUACGAGUGUAACUUAUUCCCGGAGGACAUUCGGAGUUUAUCAUUCAAAGUCUUGUGUGCCAAAUUCAAGGAGCUUGUGCAAAGCGACAGGUGGCAAGCAUGUAGCUGGCAGCUUGUUUGUGACCUAAUCCGGUCGGACGAUUGUAUGGCCGAGGAGAACCUGAUUCUCACCUCCGCCACAGACUGGAUGAAGAAAAACAAUCUGAGUGACAAGACACUUAUUGAGGAUAUACUCGUUAACAUAAGGUACCCAUUUCUUCACCGACGCAUCUUAUACCAACUCAAAAAGAAUGGGGCAUUCAGAAACUUUCCCCAAGUGCAAGUGUUGGUGAAUAAUGCAGUACACUAUCACUGUUUCAAGGACCUGUCGGAAGCAAAGGACGAGUUUACAGGAUUGCAGUAUACGCCACGCCAUUAUCAAACCCGUUCAUUUACCCCCAGUGUUCUGUCUAGUCGCGCUCAGUCAACAGACCAGAUUGCCAACCUUCAUCACCUUCAUUCAAAUAUGAUGGCCGGCACCGUGCCGUCCAGUAAUCUCUCGCACUCCAACAUGGAGCAAAACAUUCUGAACCACAGUGUUCUUGUUCAGAGCCUUAACCAACCGGUGAGCUUCGUUCAAAAUCUGACUCCUUCGCAACUCGUUCAAAGCGUUCGGCCCAAUGUGAUUCGUAAUACUGAACCAGUGACAGUGUCAAUGAUUCCGGGCGUGAUUCCGUCCUCCGUCAUUCUGAACGGUAACCCCAUGUCUCAAGGUAACGGCGACUCACGAACCUCUACCGCGGCAAGUGCUCAUCAGCCGGUGACACCGACGAUGCCACCCGCUAUGAAUCUAGUGCAAAACAUUGUGUCAAACAGCACGUUUGGGAACCCUGGCUCAAAGACAGGAGAGGUUCACCACGUGGGAUACAGGUGAUGACAAUCGGAGUGUGUUUUAUUUGUUUAUCCUUAAAUCACCUUUGCUGAAUUUCGGACGGAAUUUCAGAGCUGAAUACUCACUGAAAAUCACCGGAAAAACUAGCACCAAAAUCAUAUGUAUUUUUCAAAGGAUUUAAUUUUGUGAACCAUUUGUUUAAAAGUGCUUUUCUUGAAGAAACAUUAAGCUUUCAAUCGUCAUCGACAUCAAUGUGCAUUAUGAAUGAAGGAUUUAUUUACUUGCAAUGACCAGCAAUCAGGCACGUUAAAUAUUUAAGUUUUUACAUUCAAGGAUUACUAGCAAAAAAAGUGCAUUUAUUGAAGGAUUUAUUUACCUUUAAGGAAAUUAUGAAUUGGCAGACGACCUCUGUUGGAAUUAUAAUUAGAAUCAAGAUAUGACUUUCUGAUGCAGACAAUGUGACAGAAUAUGGUAAUUCCGGAGAACUAUCAGAUCCAACUUGAGCAGGCAUGAUAAUUGCUAUGUUUUUCUAUUUGAACUUUUGUCUCUAAUGCAAUUUGUUAAAUUAUGAAUUUUUUUUUGUGGUUUCAAAAAAAUCUCACAAUCAAUAACAAUGACUGUUUUUUCAAUCUCGGCAGAGAUUGGGGAGUCAACCCGGGAAGGAUUCUGUCAGACCCGUGUAAUGACAUAUCUGAAGCAGAAGGAAAUAUGGCCCCAGUCGGACAUAGGGGGCUUUCAUUAAUACAUGCAUGUGUUCUUAGGCAGUGUGAGUGGCUAUGUCACAUUUAUAAAUAAUGAAAUAUCACUCCGCCUGCUUUAUAUUUGACGACAAUGACAAAUUACAAUAAACUAUUUAAAUAAA